AUGUUGUUGCUUUUUGUGUCUUUUUUAGUCACUAUUGUUAGUGUUCACGCUGCUCCAGUCGAUCAGGAGAUUACUACUCUUCCUAAUCUCACGGAACCUUUGAGAUCGAAACAUUAUGCUGGUUACCUGCCAAUUUCUGCUACCAAGCAGCUUUUCUAUUGGUACAUUGAAUCCGAAGACUCCCCAGCCACUGCUCCUUUGGUUCUAUGGCUUAAUGGUGGUCCAGGAUGUGCUUCGAUGGAGGGGUUGUUCAUCGAAAUGGGACCAUUCCGUGUACGAAACAAUGGAGAACAAGUGGUUCGCAACCCAUGGACCUGGAAUAGGAUAGCCAAUAUUAUCUACUUGGACGCACCAGCUGGCGUGGGAUUCUCUUAUUAUAAUACAACGGACAAAAAGGUUUUCACUGAUGAUGAGGUAGCUCAAGACAACUAUGAGGCUCUCCAAAUGUGGUUUGAUCGCUUCCCGGAAUACAAAACCAAUGACUUGUACAUUGCUGGAGAGUCGUAUGGUGGAACUUAUGUACCAAUGUUGUCUGCAAAAAUCACACAUUCUAAUGACACAUUUCCUCAGUUUAAGGGCAUGCUAGUCGGAAAUGGAUGUGUGGAUGACCAAAUCAACUUCAACACCAACAUUAUGUAUCAAUACUACCAUGCAGUCAUGGAUGAGAGCAAUGUACAAAACGUUGUGCAACAAUGCUGUAAUGGAACUAUGGACUGCGACUACUACACGAUUUCUCAACAAACCAGCAACUGCUCGGAUUUGGUAAACGAUUUGAGCUACUCCAUCUACUAUACCGGAUAUGAUCCAUACUUUUUGUAUUUCGCUUGUUACUUGAACCCCAAUCUACCGUAUCCACCACACGAGGAGAUGGUGAAGCCACAGAAGGAAAUUUUGAGGAAUCAUUUGAUGAAAAAGAUCACAUCAAGACAAUUUACCCCACCAUCUAAUGACAUUCAAGGGCAGCCUGUAUGUGCCUCACACAGUGAUCAUUUCCCGUAUCUAAACUCUGCAGAAGUCAGAAAGGCGUUACGUAUUCCGGAUUAUAUUCCAAAAUAUGAAAUGUGCAAUAAUGAGAUCGCUAAGAACUAUAUAUCGCUGUAUCCAACUAUGAAGGCGUUUUUCAAUACGGUGAUCAAUGCGAAGAAACAUGUCGCUAUGUUCAACGGAGACGCUGACACCCUAUGCAACUAUGUCGAAAACUCCCAAUUCAUUUACAAAACUCUACAACGCCCAUUGAAAACUCCAAUGACAUACUGGAACGAUCCAGUGCAACUUCCAAUGGCUGUUGGCCAGGUCACAGAGUACGAUGGAAUCACAUUGAUCUCUAUCAAAGGUGGUGGUCACUUCCCAGCCGCAACUGAGCAAAAACCAAAGGAGACGUUCCAAAUGUUCCAAAACUAUGUGAAGAAUCAGAAUUAUAGUACUCCAGUGACGUUUGAUAAGGAAUAUGGGAGUACUACAGUGGCGACUGGUACAACAGGUACUCCAGGAACAACUGCUUCUAAUACUCCAGUGACGGUGACAACAAGCUCUCCACAAACAACCGCAUCUGUUCCUCCAGUGACUGCUACAACAGGUUCUCCUCAGCCAACGACUUCUGAUGCUCCAGUGUCUGUGACAACGAGUGGUCCACCACCAACGACUUCUGAUAUUCCAGGGACUGUGACAACAAACACUCCAAAGACCACCGCAUCUAAUACUCCAGUGACGGUGACAACAAGCUCUCCACAAACAACCGCAUCUGUUCCUCCAGUGACUGCUACAACAGGUUCUCCUCAGCCAACGACUUCUGAUGCUCCAGUGUCUGUGACAACGAGUGGUCCACCACCAACGACUUCUGAUAUUCCAGGGACUGUGACAACAAACACUCCAAAGACCACCGCAUCUAAUACUCCAGUGACGGUGACAAAAAGCUCUCCUCAAACAACUACUUCUGAUGCCUCUGGACUACAAUAUCUCUUCGUUUUAAUAUUUUCUCUAAUUCUGAGAGUUUUGUAA